GUAAAGUUAAAAUGAUAUUUAAAAAAAAUAAGAGAUAGGUAAAAUUUAGACCAUUAGAAUGGCAUUAAAUACACAGCAGAGGGUGCUGUGUAAGUUUUGCACCGUUGCCCCCCCAAUCCGUGGGUCACUGACUCACAGCAGCCCCGCACCCCAACUGAAGAGACCUAUUCCCUUUUGAGCACCAACCACAAAGCCCCAGCUUACACAAACAAACAAAUUGAAAGCCCGCACAAAUAUUCACUCUGGCGCUCAAACAAGAACAGCAAGGAAUAGUCCGAUUCAGAUUCGCGGAUUUUUUUUAUGUCUGAAGCUCGAACUGGAUUCAAUUAACUAGCACAGGGUUUUGGAAUUCCAAUCCAGGAGAAGAUGUCAGACCUGGACAGGCAGAUAGAGCAGCUGAAGAGAUGCGAGCCCCUCAAGGAAUCUGAAGUCAAGGACCUGUGUCUCAAAGCUAUGGAGAUCCUCGUGGAAGAGGGAAAUGUUCAGCGCGUCGAUGCCCCUGUCACUAUUUGCGGUGACAUACACGGGCAGUUCUAUGACAUGAAAGAGCUGUUUAAAGUAGGGGGCGACUGUCCAAAAACAAAUUACUUGUUUCUUGGAGAUUUCGUUGAUAGAGGAUUUUAUUCUGUCGAGACAUUCCUGCUUCUACUUGCGUUGAAGGUAAGGUAUCCCGAUAGGAUAACUCUAAUCAGGGGAAACCAUGAGAGCCGACAGAUAACACAGGUGUAUGGUUUCUAUGACGAGUGUCUACGGAAAUAUGGUUCUAUCAAUGUUUGGAGAUACUGCACUGACGUUUUUGAUUACAUGAGUCUGUCUGCGCUAAUCGAGAACAGGAUAUUCUGUGUUCACGGUGGAUUGUCUCCUGCAAUUUCUACGUUAGACCAGAUUCGGACAAUUGAUCGAAAACAAGAAGUCCCGCAUGAUGGUGCCAUGUGUGAUCUGCUAUGGUCAGAUCCAGAAGAUAUUGUGGAUGGUUGGGGCCUUAGUCCACGUGGGGCCGGAUUUUUAUUCGGUGGCAGUGUUGUUACUACUUUUAAUCACACCAAUAAGAUUGACUAUAUAUGCCGUGCCCAUCAGUUAGUAAUGGAUGGCUAUAAAUGGAUGUUUAAGGACCAGAUAGUUACAGUCUGGUCAGCACCGAAUUACUGUUACAGAUGUGGAAACAUAGCUGCGAUUCUCGAGCUAAAUGAAAGUCUUGAAAAGGAGUUUCGUGUAUUUCAAGCAGCUCCACAGGAAUCGAGAGGACUGUUGGCUAGAAAGCCAGCUCCAGAUUACUUCUUAUAGCGAGGAAGAGUAGAAAACAUAGUACUCAAUUGGUUCUUGAAUGGGCAAUCUCAUUGUCUUCUGAGUUGCUGUGACAUAAGAUUGUGGCUUGAGCGGUAAAAUAUGGAAUUCGUGUGAGAUUUCAAUUAUGUUGGGGGUUUUGCCAGAGCUUAUUCUUUUGUAUUACCAUGAGCUUCUUUUCUAAUACUGCUCUCGAUUAAGGGGUUUUACAGAAACUUGUCAGCUUUUCUGAUGCUUCUAAGUUCUAACAUCCAAUUAUCGAGCUUUCCGCUUCACGAUUUUUCUGUGUUGCUUUACAGAUUUUGCA